CCCGCGCCCCUGCCCCCCUCUAUGUUCUACGUGGGCCUGUUCUUGGUCAACGUGCUGAUCCUCUACUACGCCUUCCUGCUGGAGUACAUCGCCCUCAACGUGGGCCUCGUCUUCCUCCCCGAGGACAUGGACCAGGCCCUGGUGGACCUCGGGGUGCUCUCCGACCCGGCCCUGGGCCUCUACGACCUGGACAGCGAGGUGGAGGUGCUGGAGGGCUACUGGGACUAAGGCAGCAGGCCAGGCACCCCAGAGAAAACCCUCCCGGCGCCCCCCCCCAAACGGCUAGACUGCCUCCUCUCCAGCAGUUGCGGGACCCACCCUCGGUGACUGUCUCCAGUCGGCCGGCUGGGAUGGAGAAGCAGCGCACCAGCCGGCCGCUGGGCUGGCGCCAGGAACGGCGGACCCUUCACGAGGCCCGGCCUCUCCCGCCUGCCACAGGUUUGGUGCCGUCUCUGAGUGCCAGAGAGAAGGGCAUUUGGAGGAUGCCGCGAAAGACUUCCAGAUGGGGCACCCUGUCAAACGGGGAGAGGUGGAUCCGAAGAGCGGAGCAAGGAACGCUCGCGGCCAGCCCACCGAGGAGGAACGGGAGGCUGGCUCAAAUUUGCACAGGUUUUUUGCACUUGUGAAAAAGAAGCUGGGCCUGCCAGUGUGACAGGACAAGACCGCGGGGUCCCGAUACACGGGUGUCAGCAAGCGGAGAAUGCUUCAGAGACAAGCUCAGGGUGUGGCGGCGGGCGGCUGUUUUCUUCCAUGGUUGCUUUUAUAAGGGCUUUUUGCCAGGAUUCUGCAGGAAUUUUUUAAAUUACUGUGAUGAUGCUGAUGCUGCACUGAGUCAGGAGUUGCUUAGAGAUUCCGGAAGGGCUUCCAAUGGCGUGCAAAUCCGGUCGGAUCACCGCACUGGGUAGGAGUAUUCAUUCACGUUGUAAACGUACUGAGAGGCUGGUGCGAGGAUUCAGAAGAGGAAGGGGUGCUGUCCUGCCUGCUCUGAAGGCGUAAAGAACUGGAGGGGUUUCUCCAGAGGCUGGAAACUGUAAAUUGUUCAGAUUCCUUUUCUCAGAAUCACCAACCAGCACCGGCCAAAAACCAGCACCGCCACACCCACGAAAGUUACAUUGCCAGGCUCUGCCUCUCUUGGGGCUGGAGAGGGGACAUGGUUUCGGGGGUGGGUGGGUUGGGGAAAUCACGGUGAGAUUCCAGGUUUCCUCGUAAGGGCAAUUCUCCAGCCCAUCCCUCUAGGAUGACAGAGUGACGGCACACCAGUUGAGAAUCAAUCUCCUGCUCCAUUGCUUGAAAGCUCAGGUAGCUUUGCACAGUGGUUAGAGUGCUGGGUGCCACCCUCAAGGCCUAAUCCCACCCCACAUUAUAUGUGAAGGCUGAGAGAAAAAGAAGUCCACCAUUAUAAACACUUAUCCGCACACUGUAAGCGUACAUAUCAUUAACCAAGCCUAUUCCUUACAUGCUGGAUUUCUAGCUGCAGGGAGAUUUUGAAGUGGGAGUUAAGGUGAAAGCAAGCAAUUCCCUCACAGCCUCUGGAGGGGUUACCAGCUCACCAGAAUGCCACUGCAUAUCUUUCCAAACAUGUAAAAUCUGCGCUCAGUUAAUGAGACUCUACCCUGACCAUCCUUAUUUGCUGUUUAUAAGCUAUAUAUAGAACAUAUCAUUUUUGGAGUUUUUUUUCCCCAAGCCCAUUAAGUUUGAGAAGGUUAUUGUUUUUAACCUUCAAAAUGUAGCCUUCUAAAGAAGAAGAUGUGAAAAAAUUAUAAAUUGCAGGGAAUGGUGAUAUCUGCCAUAUAGUAUUAUGGAGGGAAAAAUGGUUUUGUAACUAUUUUUGUAAUUUUGGGGUUCGGAGACAGAAGGGGGGGCUCUUGUUAAUCGUUUAUCACAAGUUGUUUUCGAAAGUGUUUCGAUGCAAUGGCUCUGUUUAAAAAAUGUUUUAAAAAAAGCAAUAUAUUAGUACCCAGCCUCUUUCAAAUACACGAAUAUGCAGUUAC